GAAAACGAGCGUGUACAAAAUGCGAAUAAUAUUUAUUGUGUAUGGUGGACCGUUCUAGUAACUGAUAAUAAAAAUAAAAACUUAAAUAAUCAUUAGUGAUUUCAAAAUGUCUAAACGUUGCUGCGCUGCUUCGUGUUUCAACGCUGUGUCCACAAAUCGCUCCGUAGAAUAUUUCGGGUUUCCUAAGAGCAUGGAAUACGCGGCAAUCUGGGCUAAAGCGGCUUCUCGGGAAGAUUUACUAGAAAAAAAUAUUAAUAAUAUAACGAAAUACUUUCUCUGUUCGGAACAUUUUACAGAAGAUUGUUUCCUCGAUCCGCCUUAUAAUCGAAAAUUAAAGAAAACGACACGACCUGUUAAAGUACCCACUCCAACUAUUUUUCGUAAUAAUUUUCAUCAAUGUGUAACCCAAUCACUCAAUGAAGAGCACCUUACAUCUGAAAGGAUCUACAAUGUCUUACUGGAAGAUACAAGUACCACCAACACGAUGUCUGAAGAAACUUUACUUGAUGGUGAAAUAAAUGACCUCAGAGCAACGAACCUCUCGUGCGACAAAUCAGCACAGGAACUUGAAAUAGAAGAUGGCUUAGCCGAUGAAGGAGACUCAAGUCUCAGGGCAGAUGCUCUUGCGGUGGUAGCUAGUUAUGGGUUGCACGACAUGCUUCCACAAUCAGAGAAAGAUGACUUAGAUAUACUAGAUGAUACGCUCGAGCCAAACAUACACAUUUUCGAUGAUACUCCAUCCAACUGCAGACUAUGCUUAUCAGUUAAGGAAAACGAACUGUUGAUUCCUAUCUUUACAGAGGACAGCAAAAUAGAAUGCAUACUGGAUUCCAUAAUACCUGGGGAGAUAACGCUGAAUGAUGGAUUUUCUCAAUACAUUUGUCUGGAAUGCUUAGAAAGCGCAACACGAUGUCUGAAAACAAUCCAACGAUUCAAAGUAGUUCAAAAUAGUCUAAGGUCAAAUAAAUAAUCAAGUUAUUGUUAUAA